AUUCCACGGGCAGUGGGAAAGGGAUGGACGCAGUCGCAUCUAGAAUAGUUUAGUUAUUUAGUUAUAUACAAAUAGAUUUUAUACAACAGUGUGAAAAGUGUCCAACGCGAGCCGCAGUGUAAAAGAAUACAGUGAGAAACGUUCGCAGUGUACAAAUUUACAGUGCGAAACAUUUGCAGUGUACAAAUUUGCAGUGCGAAACAUUUGCAGUGUACAAAUUUAGAGUGCAAGCGUUAUUCCACGAUGAGAAGCCUUUAAAUACACGGCGGUACAUCAAAAUGCUCACAAUGUCAACUCUGAUGAUGCCCGCAGCCACGAUGACGACAAUGACCAACGCUGGACCGAUACCAGUUGCAGCUGCCACGAAGCUGGAGCCGAAACUGCUGCAACUGCCGCACCCAGCGCUGAUGCCUCAAAUACAGCCCCACCACCAGCACCAGCACAGCAACAAUAACAAACUAGAACAUUAUCACAUCUUCGUUGGUGAUCUCAGCCCGGAGAUUGAGACGCAGAGUCUCCGGGACGCAUUCGCGCCUUUUGGCGAAAUAUCGGAUUGCCGAGUAGUGAGAGACCCGCAGACGCUAAAAUCAAAGGGAUAUGGUUUUGUUUCAUUUUUGAAGAAAUCAGAGGCGGAAUCGGCUAUCACUGCCAUGAAUGGCCAGUGGUUGGGCUCUCGGUCGAUUCGCACCAACUGGGCCACCAGGAAACCACCGGCGCCUAAAAAUGAACUUAACUCCAAGCCCCUCACCUUCGACGAAGUGUACAACCAGAGUUCUCCGACCAACUGCACGGUCUACUGCGGCGGUCUCACCACUGGUCUAUCUGAGGAGCUCGUGCAGAAGACCUUCCAGCCAUUCGGCACCAUCCAAGAGAUACGGGUCUUUAAAGAUAAAGGAUAUGCUUUCAUCAGAUUCUCCACAAAGGAGAGCGCCACCCACGCUAUUGUGGCGGUCCAUAACACAGAUAUAAACGGACAGCCAGUGAAAUGCUCUUGGGGCAAGGAGUCCGGCGAUCCGAACAACGCGCAGGCGCAGGGACAACUGGGUGGAACAGCCUACUCCCCAUUCGGCGCAGCCUACACUGGGGGUGUACCACCGGCCUCCUACUGGUAUAACACCUACCCUCAGCAAUUGGGUGGCUUCCUGCAAGGCAUGCAGGGCGUCCAGGGCUAUUCUUAUGCUGGACAGUUUGCUGGCUACCAGCAGCAGUAUAUGGGCAUGGGCGGAGUCCAGUUGCCCUGGGCGCUCGGUGGCGGGGUAGGCGGCGUGGGGGGUGUGGGGGGUGUUGGCGGCGUAGGUGGCGUCGCCGCGAUGUCCCAGCCCCCACAGGUGCUGCACUACCCCGUGCAGCACUUCCAAGUGCAGCCAUGAACAUAACCCACUUCCAGAUCGGAGAGGACGAAUGGCUGGCGCCUAGUUUGCUUGUGUGAGGCCAACGUGCGCCCGCGCCGCCCGACCCUUGCUGCUGUCAGAAAGAGUGGAUCUAACUUCAUACUUUAACCAGAUUCUAAUAUGAUUUAAUUUUCAUAUAUUUUAAUGUUAUUGUUUGAAACGAAAAUUAUGUUGAGGAUUAUUUUGUGUGAUUUUUUUAUGUACUUGAUUACUAGGAUGUUUAAUUUAGAAUUGUUAUUUAAUUUCUUUUGUAGGAUUGUUGUAUUGAGUUGAUUCACUUGCUCAAUGAUGGAGGGAAAUGUGAAAUAACAUACAACUGUACUUACCAUAACUCUUUACGCUGAAUCUUAGAGAUAAAUGUUAUUUCAUAUUUUCCAGUAUCCAUGCUGUUAUUGUCAAUGUAAGAAUCGAAUGUUUUUGUUAUUUUAGUAUUUGUUUUUGUAAUUUAAGUGUUAAUGAAUAUGUAUGUUAUUUUUUUGCAUUUUUCUUUUGUAUUUGACGAUUUCUAGUCACCUCUACGAUACGAUACAUACUGACGGGUUGUAGCGGCGUAACACGGGCGGAUACUGAUCUCACUGAAUAUUUUCACUAAUUCGAGCAAAUAUUGGUUGAAUAUAUAAAGCAAAUGUGAGUCACUAUCGAAAUAUUUCUAUUACUGCUUAUGAUUGCAUGGGAAUGCAUUUAAGAAUAUAAAAGAAUACUUUUAGAAAAUAUAUAGUUAUUACGUAUAAGAUAUGAUAAGAAUAGGUUUAAGAUUAUAUCAUUCACACGCGGGCCAAUAAUGGUUGCGACACUGCAUCUGGCGGGAAAAUUUUUGCGAGUUUUUGACGACGAUCAUGAUAUGGUACCAAACAUCUAAGCACAAGUUUAUACUAAGAUUAGGGGAAAAAUAUGUAGAUUUUUGGAAAAAUGUUUAGUAGAAUACCUAGGUAAAAGGUACGCGAUAUGAGUGAGAAUGAAUUUUUUAAGAUUUUAUAUCUGUCGAACGCUAGGAAGGUUAUAUAACGAAUUGCACGAUACAAGCUAGCUCUUUUCUCUGGACGUCAGUUAUGCCAAAUUCAUAAACAAUUCAAGUAAUAUAAUAAAAAAAAGGUUGUGUAUUAAUAUAAAUGGAUACUUGGAACUACAAACUUGACGAAAAUAGAUGAAGUGUAGAGAAAAAUAGUUUAUUUAUCAUAAGAAAGAAAUAUAUUUAUUGUUUAGUACGUAAGGUAUUUAAUCUUUUACUGUAGGUAGUGGAAGUGUGGUCGAGUGGUAUAUCGACUUAAAACUUUUUGCUAUUAUUUGAUGUUCGCGUCUUCGUUUUUUUCGCGAGAGUUGGUUAAAGGUGGACGUAUUGGCAGAGUUAUUCAUGGAUACUUAUCAAAUCCUUAAAGGGUUCAUUUGUCAUUAAUUGAGCUCGCAGUCUCGUCUAUGCGAACUUGAAAUGUUAUUUCAGAUAAAGAUCGUUGUAAAAGAAUUCAUAUACGAAUAUUCUAGCAAAUUAAAGUAUUAGAAGGAGAUCUUAGAAGUGUUGCAUAUAUCUUAAGAUUGUCGCAGGCAAACUAUUGAAGAUCGGUUGAUUCAACUUUACUAUAACAAUGUAUUCUUGUACUAAUUGUGCCAGUACGUAAAUCUUGUACAGACCUACUCGUCUACGUGAUAACAUGUUUUUUGAAACUUUUUAACGUGGCCCAAUACGCCAUCGGUAUUUUGAAAAAAAAAAAUGUAUUUUAUAUAUUAUAUUGACGGUGUUAAUUUGUGUAGAUUUGUUUCUAUAUAUUUUAUUCUCUGUCACAUCCACGAGCGAGUUUUGGGUGUUGUAAAUAAUGUUUUGAACAAACGGUCGUCAAAAUAUUAGAACGACUGACUCUUAAACGCUCGUGUCUGCUGACGCCAUUUGCAAUGAUACAUGAAAUGAUAAUUAUUUAAGUUUAAAGUAUAUUCGAAUAGCUUAAGCAUAAUACAGCGCAUUUACAAAGAUACUUUCUAAGUCAUUGCUAUCUGUUUGAAACCUUACGCUCCAUCGUUCGUUGUAGUGACAGGCAUUACAGCUGAUUUGAGCGUUGGGUUGAAACGACUACUUCUCUGCCGAAGACUCAUUCGUGGAGACGACGUCUUAUGCAUGUAGUCGAAUCUUGUGAGACAUAUCGCUAGAAAUUUAUAUUAAGAUUAUAUAUUAUUAUAUUAGUUCGACAGCUAGGGAACGAAUUGUUAAGUCAAUUGCAGACAUCCGGUCAAUCGAGAGUGGUUAUUGACGUGUUUUAAAUUAUUUUAUCGAUGGGAUUGGGGCAUUCGUAGGUGUCUUGUGGGAUGGAACGAUGCAAACCUCUGAAAUGCUUAAAACGCGUCAAGCUGAGGUGCGACCUCAUAGACAAAGAUAUCACAAAUAUAAUAAACCGUUAGAUAGACAAAUUUAGCUAUAACUACAUAUAAAAUGCUAGAUUACGAAUCGUUUUGCCUAUAAUCGCUUUCAAGGUAGGUAUUUUAGAACAUGUAUAUCCAUUAAACGUAAGAUAGUUAAGUUCUCACCAACUGUCAUGUUUCGUUGGAUGGAUUUUUAUUCCUCCAAUAGACAGUUCGUUGCCUUUCUUGAUGCUACUCUAUACUUUCUGAGAUAGGAGAUCUAUUAAGCAUAGUUAAGGCUUACGUUUCCAAAUAGUUAACGGCUAAGUGUAUUUAAGAAUCGAUGAAAAGAAAUAUAAACAUGUUAGCUAGGUAAAUUUCAAUAUAUAUUAAAGUAUAUUAUAUACAAAAUGUGAAAACAUUAUCGUCUAGAUAGGUUAUGAAAUUUUAAGUGUUUAUAUUACGUUUGUUUCGUUUAUUAUUUGUGUUGUCAUUCCAUCGAUGUUAAGAUAGUUAAUUUUAAGUCCCAAAGAACACCAAAUAUUUUAUAAUCCUUGUAAUAUUAAAUUUAGAAUUGGCGAUAUAGAACUAAAGUUAAUGCCUUAUAAAAUUUACUAUCUGUGUCUUUGUUUAAAUGUUGGGUUGUGUUAGAAGGUAUACGUCCAAACGUACCAUGAUUUUUUGAACAUUUUACAUUUAUUUACGAUCGCAGUUUAUAAAAUAAAUGAAGCAGACAUUUAAAAUGAAUGACACGAUUUCGCAAUAAAAUAUUUGGAUGUAUACCUUCUAACACAGUACGUGCCAAAUUAUUUGUUUUUAUUCCUUGUUCAUCGUGUACCGUCUAUCUGAAUGAAAGAUAACACCAAGUCAGACUUAAUGUAUAAUCCUCUUAGAGAGAUUCAAAAUUAUCAUUUUAUGGUCUUGAAUAACACAAACGAAAGACUUCCAUGCAAUAAAUUGACACUAUUUAAACUGUAAAUAACCAGAUAUAUAUAGAGGACGACGCGUAAAGUGGAACUUGGUUUAAUUAAUAGAAAAUUCACGGUAAAACAAAUGGUUAAAUGAUUCCUGUAACUGUAGAAUCCGAUCAUACGAUUGAG